AUGAGUCAAGUAUUAGCUCUGACUCGGUUCGAGGAGCUGAUUCAAUCCAAGCUAUUCACAUUCCACGUAGGCCGGGAUAGCAGAAAAAGAGAAUUCGUCGUACAUGCAAACGCAGUUGCCGCGACAUCUGAUUAUUUCCGCGCGCUCGUGAGCAAUGGGAUGACGGAGUCGCAGACGGGAACUGCACAGUAUCCCGAUGUGGAACCGGAGGACUUUGCCCGCUUUGUCGAGUACGCAUACCGCCAUGAUUAUACGGUGCCGUGCUGGGCUCAAGACGAGACAUAUACAGAAAACGAGUUUGUGCCUUCUCCACCCGCAGACAAAGAAUCAUGCCCAGCAGCACCCAAGCCAGUGCCUGAGCCAGUAGACACCACUCGGGCUUCCUGGCGACCUUUUUCUCACCAUCAACGGCGGUCUUGGUUUAAUCUAAUGCAUACAAAAAAUCCCGUACAUGUCGAAUUCGAGGAGCGGAACUACCUCACAUCAACCCAGCCCAAGACAGUCCUGCUCGCUGCAUUUGAGCCUCAGUAUAACACGGCGCCCCACCAAGACUUCACGCCCGUUUUCCUCGCACAUGCACGUCUUUACACCUUUGCCUGUAUGCGUUUGGUGGACCCCCUCAAAUACCUGGCGCUGCACAAGCUGCACAAAACCCUCCUUGACUUCACCCUCUAUGAGCAGCGAGUGUCUGACGUCGUCGAACUUGCGCGAUAUGCAUACCAACAGGGUGAAGAUAGAAAAGACGAUGUCAUCAUCGAUGAGCUGAGGAAGCUAGUCGUCGACUACAUGGGAGUCUCCAGUCUUUCGAACCCACUUGCAUAA